AUGGUGCUGCUGGAGAGCAAGCAGUUCCUGACCAAGCUGACCAAGCUCUUCCAGAAGUGCUGGACUUCAGGCAGUGUGUUCAUCUCCCUGAAGAAAUACGAUGGUCGAACUGGAUCCUUCCCAGAGAAGCGCUCUGUGGAGGGCUUUGAGCCUGCAGAUGACAAACGUCUGUUGAGAGCAACAGAUGGGAAAAAGAAGAUCAGCACUGUGGCGAGCUCUGAAGAAGUGAGUAAGCUUCAGAUGGCCUGUUCGAACCUGCUGAGAGCAAAUGUGGAUGGGCUGAAGAAGAGAAGCAAGAAGAACAAGAGUAAGAAGGCCAGAACAGCACAGUGA